AUCUGCAAAUUGUAGGAGAUACACACGUAAUAGAAUAAUCUCAACGCGCUUGUAGCUUCCUUAGGCUCUUCUGUUUUUUUACUUCGUCUCGAGGGUAAUCGAUUUCUUCUAUCUCUCCUCUCUCCUCGUGAAAUCAUGAGUAUGGAGGCAUCGGAGCUUCAGGAUCUCUCUGACGACGCCGAUUACGCUGCAUCUCAACUACAAGGAUCGGCUAGUAUGAUGCGUUGCGACAGCGAGAAGAGAAGUUUAUCUAGUGAGCACGAAGGCGCUGAAUUGAUAUAUUUGAAGGAUAACGUUGCGAUUCAUCCCACACAGUUUGCAUCGGAGAGGAUUAGCGGUAGAUUGAAGUUAACUAAGCAAGAUUCUGUUCUCUUCCUGUCUUGGAUUCCGUACAAGGGACAAACCUCAAACGCAAAGCUAUCAGAGAAAGAUAGGAGUCUUUAUACCAUCACAGCAGUUCCAUUCACAGAAGUGAGGUCCAUCAGGCGACACACUCCUGCUCUCGGAUGGCAGUAUGUAAUUGUUGUGCUGUCUUCUGGACUGGCAUUUCCGCCUCUGUAUUUCUACAAUGGAGGAGUCAGGGAGUUUCUGGCCAUAGUGAAGCAACAUGUUUUUCUUGCAAGGUCGGCAGAAGAUGCAAAUGUGUUCCUUGUCAAUGAUUUCCAGAGUCCUUUGCAGAGGACUCUUUCUUCAUUGGAGCUUCCAAGUUCACUGCCUGUUGCAAGUGGACAAUCGACAUACCCAUCAGACGGAGGAUCUUCUAAUGAUAAUAAUCAAGGGAGAACAAGUGCAGGUGUUGACAACAGAGUUUCUAGAUUUUCGCAGUAUGGACCGAGAAAGCACAAGAAUCAUGAUCCUACUCGUGAUCUUUCAAUUCAUCUUCUAGAGAAGUUUUCUCUGGUUACUAAGUUUGCUCGAGAAACAACCACUCAGUUGUUUUCUGAGAACAAUGGCUUUGGUUCGGUUGACAAGAGAUGGAAUAACCAACCCGUGCAUAAUUAUGAUGAAAAGUUGUCAAAUAUUGCUGAGGAAAAAGAUCAUGAAGGCCCUCAUAGUUACCCCGAAAAGGACCAUCUCAAUGAUGAAGAAAUUCCUAUUACCGUUGAUGUCCCUGCUGAUCCCUUAGAGUUUAACAAGUUGAGUUUGGUGUGGGGAAAACCAAGGCAGCCACCGAUGGGUUCUAAAGAGUUCACAGCAUUCUUGGAUUCUGAAGGGCGAGUUGUGGAAUCAAAAGCUCUUAGAGAGAGAGUUUUCUAUGGAGGCAUUGAGCACCAAUUGCGAAGAGAGGUCUGGCCCUUUCUCUUGGGGUAUUAUGCAUAUGACUCGACAUAUGCAGAGAGAGAAUAUCUUCGAGCUGUCAAACGGAUGGAAUAUGCAACAUUGAAACAGCAGUGGCAGAGCAUCUCUCCUGAACAAGCAAAAAGGUUCACAAAAUAUCGGGAGAGAAAGGGGCUGAUAGAUAAAGAUGUGGUAAGAACUGAUAGGGCAUUUGAAUACUAUGAAGGGGAUGACAACUUGAAUGUCAAUAGCAUGCGUGAUAUCCUAUUGACCUACUCCUUCUACAAUUUUGACCUGGGUUACUGCCAGGGGAUGAGUGAUUAUCUGUCUCCUAUCUUGUUCGUGAUGGGGGAUGAAUCAGAAACAUUUUGGUGUUUUGUGGCACUGAUGGAGCGCCUUGGACCCAACUUUAACCGUGAUCAGAAUGGGAUGCAUACUCAGCUCUUUGCACUCUCAAAGCUGGUGGAGUUGCUCGAUAGCCCACUGCAUAAUUACUUUAAGCAGAAUGACUGCUUGAAUUACUUCUUCUGUUUCCGCUGGAUCCUGAUACAGUUUAAAAGGGAGUUUGAGUACGAGAAGACAAUGCAGCUAUGGGAGGUGUUAUGGACCCAGUACCUCACGGAACACCUUCACCUAUACGUUUGUGUGGCGAUCCUGAAGCGAUGUCGCAGCAAGAUAAUGGGAGAACAGAUGGAUUUCGACACUCUCUUAAAGUUCAUCAAUGAGCUCUCUGGGCAUAUCGACCUCGAUUCGACAGUCAGAGAUGCCGAAGCACUUUGCAUAUGUGCUGGUGAAAAUGGUGCUGCUAGUAUCCCUCCAGGAACCCCUCCUUCUUUACCCCUUGAUGAAGGUAUCUUAUAUCCUCAGGACGAUGAUGUUUUGUAAGUAGUACACCUUUCCUUUUUCUUCAGGACAUGUUACCAAAAUUUGGAUUGCUUUUACAGACAGUUAUUAAUUCAAUCGACAUAUGCAUUUUUGUUUCA